CACGCAGGAAUAGAAGUUUCGGGGCUGGACCCGAGGAGGGGCCUGAGCCCCUGGGGAGACGUUGUGAGCAGCCGUCCUCAGCCCGAGGAACCUAGCUGCCUUGUGAUCACGGUAGCCGGCGGCCAUCCAAGAAAUGAUUAACUGAGUAAUGAUUAACUGAGCUUCCUCCGGGAGGGAGGGCGGAAACAGUUAACUCCCGUGACAGCUGCAAUCAUUUAGGCGUGGUUUUCUAGCCUGGCUUGGACAAGAUCCUGGGCCAAGGGGCAGAGGAAGGACCGCUCCGGCGCCAGUCUUCCAGAUGGCUGAGUUGGAUCUGAUGGCUCCAGGGCCACUGCCCGGGAUCGCCGCUCACCCUCUGGCCACUGUCAGCCCAGACUCUGGGUCGAGCAGCCCGGCUGAAGAAGAGGACAUGGGCUCCCCGGGGAGCUCUCAGGAGGAGACAGAGGGACAGGGCAGCGGCUCUGCAGGGCAGGGGAGUCCUGACGUUGAGGGGGAGGCGGAGAUCCUGUGUGAUUUCUGCCUCGGAACUGGCAGGGUGAAGGCGGUGAAGUCCUGCCUGACCUGCAUGGUGAAUUACUGCGAGGAGCACCUGCGGCCUCACCAGGAGAACAGCAAACUGCACAGCCACCAGCUGACCGAGCCUGUGAAGGACCGGGACCUGCGCACCUGCCCUGCCCACCACAGCCCCCUGGUCGCCUUCUGCCGCCCCGACGGGCAGUGCAUCUGCCAGGAGUGUGGCCAGGACGAGCACAAGGGCCACGCCUCGGUCUCCUUGGAUGCUGCCCGCAGGGACAAGGAGGCUGAGCUUCGGGACACCCAGUUAGAGCUGGAGCGGAAACUCAGGUUGAAUGAAAACGCCAUCGCCAGGCUCCAAGCCAAUCACAAAUCCGUUUUGCUGUCCGUGUCAGAGGUGAAGGUGGUGGCCGAGGAGCAGUUUGGGGAGCUGCUUGCUGCCAUGAGGAAGGCCCAGGCCGAUGUGAUGCUCUUCUUGGAGGAGAAGGAGCAAGCCGCUCUGAGCCAGGCCAACAGCAUCAAGACGCACUUGGAGCAUAGGAGCGCACAGAUGGAGAAGAGCAAGCAUGAGCUGGAGAGGAUUGCUGCCCUCAGCAACACUGUCCUGUUCCUGGAGAGGAGUAUGAUAUCAGCACUCAAGUGUCUACUGUUGUCGAGCGCAAGUAUUGGACCUCAAAACCUGAGCCCAGCACCAGGCACCAGUUCCUCCAAUAUGCGUGUGACAUCUCCUUUGACCCGGACACAGCUCACAGGUAUCUCCGGCUGCAGGAGGACAAUCGCAGGGUCACCAACACCACGCCCUGGGAGCAUCCCUACCCGGACCUCCCCAGCAGGUUUGUGCACUGGCGGCAGGUACUGUCCCAACAGAGCCUCUACCUGCACAGAUAUUAUUUCGAGGUGGAGAUCUCCGGGGCAGGCACCUACGUUGGCCUGACCUGCAAAGGCAUCGACCGGAAAGGGGAGGAGCGCAACGGUUGCAUUUCUGGAAACAACUUCUCCUGGAGCCUCCACUGGAACGGGAAGGAGUUCACAGCCUGGCACAGCGACACGGAAACCCUGCUCAAAGCCAGCCCUUUCCGGAGGCUGGGGAUCUACGUGGACUUUCUGGGGGGGAUCCUCUCCUUCUACGGGGUAGAGCCCGAGGCCAUGACUCUGAUUCACAAGUUUGAGUGCAAGUUUUCAGAGCCGGUCUACCCUGCCUUCUGGCUUUCCAAGAAGGAAAAUGCCAUCCGGAUCAUGGAUCUGGGAGAGGAGCCUGAGAAGCCAGUGGCAACCUCUGCCGAGGCUGCUCCCUAGACCCCAGACUCUUGCUGACCACAGAGACAGGGCAGAAGCCUGCAUCUUAAGGGGGACCUGGGGAUGGAAAUGUUUGCCAGUGGGAGCCGGCUUUAGGAGUCACAUGGGUCCCUGCACAAGGAGAGACGUCUCUGGCUUUUCCCUUUUGCUCCCUGCUGUGCUGUUCUCUAUGUUAUAGUGCUCCCUAGGCACGUACACCCCGUUUCUCAUCUUCUAGUGAUACUCUCCUGUCUGCUCAGGUGAAUAACACACUGUGCCCAGGCUCGGUGACCAGGAAUCUUCAGAGCAGUAAAAAAGAUGGCAGAAUCAAUUGCAAGCUCUGUUUUGCAUUGUCUACCCCCAGACACUGUUCUGGAUGCGGUGUGGCCAUUGAGUCCACCUUCACAGCAGCCCCCUGGGGGUAGAAGCUCCUAUCAUCCUCAUUUUGCGGAUGGGGAACCCCUGGUCCCGGGUGUGUGUGUGUCAGUGUCAGUGAACUUGCUCAAAGUCACUCCGCUCACAUGGCGAGCAAGUGGCAGAGCUGGGAUUUGAACGUGGGCAGGCCGAUGCGGAGAUUUUCACCACCACACCAUGCUGCCCUCCUCAUUCCGUCAUGGGUAUUGUGCGUAAGGGAAUAAGCUACAUGAUGUCCUCCUCAGCAUGCACACCCAAUGUCUUAAACCCUCAGUGUGUCUGCACCCACUCCGUCUGGCUGGGUCGUGCAGCUGAGACCUCGUUACCUCAACAGCAGCUCAUCCUCUUUUUGGAUAGUAAAAAUGAUAAGAAAUGUCUUUCCAGAGUCCAAGUCUUAGUCCUCAUGACCUCUGAAGGGGGGGGUCUCACCUCGAGAUGUGGGCUUCUCUGAUUUCUCAUUCAGAGGACAGUCCUUCAAAUAUUUGGAGGCAGUUCUCACGCACAUCCCCCAGGGAAGUAGUCUGGUUUUCACGCUCCAUUUCCCACUUUUCUUCGUAACUUCUGGGUCUUUUCCUAUGAACUGGGUCAGGCAAGUCUCUCUUCCUCUUCGAUAGCUGCUGGUCUUUUCUCAAGAGUCUAUUUCUUUACGUCGCUUGUCUUGUUUCCAGAGACCCCGUCCUCUAUUUGUAUCCAAGGAUUUAUACAGUGUAGGAUUUGAAUUUUUUAUCAGAUUUUUUAAAAUUUGAAUUUUGUUGAGUUAAUUUUUUUUUUUACUUGAAUUUAAAAUUUCAUUGCAUCAUUGCUGCCCGCUGAGAUACUUUGGAUUCAUGAUUCUGCAUCCAAUAGAUGAGCACUCCUUCCUAGCCUGGUGUCACCUACAGAGUUGGUAAACUUUUCUUCUGAAGUGUUAAUCUUGUUGAUACAUAUUCAUUAGGGGAGGGCCAAAUAUGGAAUCUGGCAGCCGCCAGUCGAUACCUUUGGGUUUAGUUAUUCAAUACGUUACACCUUGGUAAAACUGUACAUUAAUAUAGCCCACUUUUAACCCUUUAUCCACCAGACACCAGGAAGAACUUUUCCAAAGGCAGAAAUCAAGACAUGUCUGCCUUUCCUUGCUCCGCCUGUCUCACAAUGCUCUCAAAAGAGAAAAUGAGAUCAGCUUGGCCUGCCUCGUUUUUACUGAACCGCUGUGGGUUAAUUGGUGCUGGCUGCUUUAUUUUCUAAAUGCUCACCAACUGCUCCAUUAAAUUAUUUUAGGAUUCCUCUGCUGUGAGUCAACAUCAAGUUGAUGAGUCUGUUGUUUCCAGAACCUACCUUAUUUUUCUUUUUAAAAAUUAAGACAUGUGUCCCCAUCCUCUACCACUUUUCCUAAUUUCUUGAAGAUUACUGCCUGGCUUUUGGUCACAUUGGUCAACAGUGUCAGUGUCGUGAGAUGUAAUUUGUUUAGGUCAGAAUGCUGAGCUCUUAUAAAGGGACCCCUUGGGUGUCUUCUUAACUGACUUGACCUUCAUUUCCCUGCUAGCUCCUUUUGUUCAUUCAGUUUCAGGGUCAACGCUUCCUUUCUUGAUAUAAAAGAUCAAAGCAAAAGUGAGAGUUAGAAACAUCUACUUUCGCCUGUCAUUGCUUCCAUUGACGGACAUAUCUUUUUUCUUAUUCUUGGUCCUCAAACUGGAAUUGCCUAAAAUGAACAAAUUAAAAAAAAAAUAAAACAAGAGAACAAAGGCCUA